AUGUACCACACUGGUGAAAAACCGUUUAGUUGUGACCUCUGUCCAUCGCGUUUUACCGAGAAUGGUCAUCUUGCCAGGCACAUGAGAACACACACUGGUGAAAAGCCAUACACUUGUGACCUUUGUAAAAUGCACUUUACUAUUAAAUGCCAUCUUGUCGUUCACAUGAGAACGCACACUGGUGAAAAGCCGUACAAGUGUGAUGUGUGUACAGUGUGUUUUUCUCAGAAAGGUAACCUUGUCGCUCACAUGAGAACACACACCGGUGAAAAGCCAUAUAAGUGUGACGUAUGUAAAAGGCGUUUUAUUGUGAAAAGUCAUCUUGUCAAGCACAUGAGGACACACACUGGUGAGAAGCCAUAUGUAUGUGAUGUUUGUAAGAAGGACUUUAGGUUUAAAGGCCAAGCGGCGGGCGGCGAGCGCAGCUCUUCCAGCGGGGCGUCUCUCCGGGAGCAUCCUGGAGAUGUCACUGUCGACGUGGCGCCCGAGCUCAAACAGGAGGACGAGCAGCUGCGGCUGGUGGUGACGGCGUGCUUCCCACUGCAGCACAAGAAGUGCUCCGCGGAGGAUGACGUGAGAGGUAGCCCUGGAGGCAGCGAGGUCCAGACCGAAGCAGGCCCUCAGGACGGUGACGUUCUGCCCAAGGAAGGUCCUGUAGACAGCGAGGCGAAGCCCGAGGAAGGCCCUUGGGGCGACGAGGUGCAGCCGCAGCCCGAGCUGCGCAACGGCGACGCAAACAAGCACGAUGGCAGUCUCGCCAGACACAUGAGAUUACAUACUGGCGAAAAGCCGUAUCAGUGUGGUGGGUGUGAUAAACGUUUUAGUGAUAAAUCUAACCUUAAUGCUCACGAAAGAACUUGUAAACAUAGAUCUUAA